AUGUUUGAAUUGUUCUUCUUGAUAGAACUCGGUUUGGUUUGCUCUCGCGAGCCGGAGGAUAGGCUAAAGUUGUUAAACAAUGUUCAGUGCUGCUUGGUGUUUUUGGAAGCCAACAAUCAAUCACUACUUGAAUAUGGCGGCAACAGUACACUUAUCAAUGCACAGCACUUGCAACAAAAACAACACAGCGACAUUCUCAACAUAGCGAAAACGAGCAAAGGCAAUUUGGAUGAUUUGAACGAAGCCAGUAUUGCCAUUGCCAUGAUGCGGGUUGUCCAGAGCAUCAAUAUUGUUUAUUGCCGUCACAUCUAUCACACUAUCAAAAAAGGGAAAAAGCGAGUUUUUGAUCAAGGCGUAUUCCAGUUCAAAGAAGAAAAAGUAGCACGAAAGUUAAUGUCACAGUUGAAACAAGGAGCACGUCGCUAUAUGCAUUUGAUUCGUAUAUUUGGUGCUGAUAUUGUUUUGUUGCCUUUGACGUUCAACCCAUGGAACCUAGAGCAAAUGAGCGAAGACUCAUUUAUGCGGGCGUUGGACUCUGUUGAUGUUGAGGAUGUGAAGAAAAAGUGGUGCGAUACCGAACUCUUGACCGACCUGUGCCGACUGUGA